AUGACGAGGAAGUGCCCUGUUCUGGCUGCAAUGGCGCCCUCUGCUCUCGUCGAUCACUCUCCUUACCAGCCGACACCCGCCGAGAAACUGCCUACCGCCAGCAACCUCGUCCUGAUCGACAACUAUGACUCGUUCACAUGGAACGUCUACCAAUAUUUGGUAUUGGAGGGCGCAACCGUCACAGUCUACCGCAACGAUAAGGUCACCCUCGAUGAACUGAUUGCGAAGAACCCGACACAAUUGGUCAUUAGCCCCGGACCAGGUCAUCCAGACACAGAUGCGGGAAUAAGCAAGGACGCCAUCAAAUACUUUGCCGGCAAGAUUCCUAUAAUGGGUGUGUGCAUGGGGCAGCAGUGCAUCAUAUCCGUCUUUGGGGGAAAGGUAGACGUGACUGGCGAAAUCUUACAUGGCAAGACAUCUCCGCUGAGGCACGAUGGCAAAGGGUGUUACACCUCAUUGCCACAAGAUCUGCCGGUGACGAGAUACCACUCCCUCGCUGGAACACAUCCAACUCUGCCAGAGACGUUGGAGGUCUCCUCCUGGAUCGCCAAGGGCCCUGACGGCGGCAAGGGUGUUAUCAUGGGAGUCCGACAUAAGGAAUAUGUGAUUGAAGGCGUCCAGUUCCACCCCGAAAGUAUCUUGACCGAGAAUGGGCGGGUUAUGUUCAAGAACUUCCUCACCAUGUCCGGCGGCAAAUGGUCUGACAACCCGCACGUUGCUGGCCACGAGAAACGGAGCUCGGUAACCACCAAUGGCAAUGCGCCGGCUAAGAAGGAAUCCAUACUCGACCGGAUUUACGCUCAUCGCCGGAAAGCGGUUGCAGCUCAGAAGCUCAUCCCGUCACAGCGUCCUGAGGAUCUCCAGGCUGCCUACGAUCUAGGUCUGGCUCCGCCUAAGAUUUCGUUUCCGGAAAGGCUUCGGCAAUCCGCGUAUCCUCUGGCCCUGUUGGCUGAGAUCAAGCGAGCGUCUCCUUCUAAAGGCAACAUUUCUCUCGGCACGUGUGCUCCAGCACAAGCUCGAAAAUACGCAACUGCUGGAGCUAGCGUUAUUUCUGUUCUGACCGAGCCUGAGUGGUUCAAGGGAAGCCUGGACGACCUGAGGGCUGUUCGGCAGAGCCUGGACUCCAUGCCCAAUCGGCCCGCCGUUCUACGAAAAGAGUUCAUUUUUGAAGAGUACCAAAUCUUAGAGGCCCGGUUGGCGGGGGCCGACACAGUCUUGCUGAUCGUCAAGAUGCUUGACGUGGAGACCCUGACUCGACUCUACCAUUAUUCGCGUUCCCUCGGAAUGGAACCUCUCGUUGAGGUCAACACACCUGAGGAAAUGAAGAUUGCGGUUGACCUAGGCUCACAGGUUAUUGGAGUCAACAACCGUAAUCUCACAAACUUCGAAGUUGAUCUCGGGACCACCAGUCGCUUAAUGGAUCUUGUUCCCGAGUCGACCAUUGUUUGCGCCUUAAGUGGCAUCUCCGGACCCCAGGAUGUCCAAGCUUAUCGAAAAGACGGAGUGAAAGCGGUUUUGGUUGGCGAGGCUCUAAUGCGAGCCACCAAUACUGUGGACUUCAUUGCCAGGUUGGUUGGAGAUCCUGAUGUCAAACCGAGGCAAAAAUCAAGAUCCCAGCUACUGGUCAAGAUUUGCGGCACACGAACACCCGAAGCCGCCAAAACCGCCAUAACAGCAGGGGCGGACUUUGUGGGGAUCAUUCUGGUCCCUGGUCGGAAAAGAUAUGUCUCAGAUGAUGUUGCUCUGGAAAUAGCAACGGCUGUCAAAACAACCCCUAGACCUGCCACAAGGCUGCCAACGUCGUCCGAGGUUGGUGCGUCGGACUUUUUCGAACAUUCGUCAAGAUUGCUGGCGAGACCGGAUCGCGCACAAUUGGUUGGUGUCUUUCAAGAUGCCCCUCUUGAACAUAUAAUUGAACAAGUGCACAAACUUGGCCUUGAUGUGGUUCAACUCCACGGCUCUGAACCUAUCGAAUAUGCUCGCAAUAUCCCGGUUCCAGUGUUCCGCCGAUUUUCUCCUGCUGAACAGGGCCUCUCCAGCCGAGGGUAUCAUGCGCUACCACUGCUAGAUUCAGGGGCAGGAGGAGUCGGUCAACAACUGAACUCAGACGAGGUGAAGUCCCUUUUUGACAAAGACCCUGGGCUGAAAGUCAUGUUUGCUGGCGGACUCACUCCGGAGAACGUCAACAGUGUCCUGGAUGGCUUUGGUCAAUCUAUUUCAAACAUUGCUGGGGUUGAUGUCAGCAGCGGUGUCGAGUCUGGUGGGCAGCAAGAUCUCACCAAGAUCAAAGCAUUUGUUGAGGCAGUCAAAAGUCGAUAG